AUGACCUCCGCCACUUCCACUAAUCUGGAUUUAUUCCCAACAGUCGCUUCAGCUUCAGUAUUAUCCCAGAGUCACCCCAGAGUCACCCCAGAGUCACCCCAGAGUCACCCCAGAGUUAUCCCAGAGUUAUCCCAGAGUUAUCCCAGAGUUAUCCCAGAGUCACCCCAGAGUCACCCCAGAGUUAUCCCAGAGUUAUCCCAGAGUUAUCCCAGAGUUAUCCCAGAGUUAUCCCAGAGUCAUCCCAGAGUCACCCCAGAGUCACCCCAGAGUCACCCCGGAGUCACCCCGGAGUCACCCCGGAGUCACCCCGGAGUCACCCCGGAGUCACCCCGGAGUCACCCCGGAGUCACCCCGGAGUCAUCCCAGAGUCAUCCCAGAGUCAUCCCAGAGUCACCCCCAGAGUCAUCCCAGAGUCACCCCAGAGUCAUCCCAGAGUCAUCCCAGAGUCACCCCCAGAGUCACCCCCAGAGUCACCCCCAGAGUCACCCCCAGAGUCACCCCAGAGUCACCCCAGAGUCACCCCAGAGUCACCCCAGAGUCACCCCCAGAGUCACCCCCAGAGUCACCCCAGAGUCACCCCAGAGUCACCCCAGAGUCACCCCAGAGUCACCCCAGAGUCACCCCAGAGUCAUCCUGUUCCAAUGUUUUGUGGUAACGUGGUUUUAA